CAUUGGAAUCGUUUUGGAAUAUGCAUCAGGUGGUGAAUUAUUUGAUUAUAUUUUACAACAUAGAUAUUUAAAAGACUCAUUAGCUUGCAGAUUAUUUUCUCAACUGGUUAGUGGUGUUCACUAUAUGCAUUCCAAAGGUAUUGUCCAUAGAGAUUUGAAAUUAGAAAAUCUUUUACUUGAUAAGCAUAAAAAUAUAAUAAUUACUGAUUUUGGAUUCGUCAAUAGUUUUGGUCCACAUAAUGAUUUAAUGAAAACUUCUUGUGGUUCCCCAUGUUAUGCUGCUCCUGAAUUGGUGAUAUCAAAUGAACCUUAUGAAGCAAGAAAAGUUGAUGUUUGGUCUUGUGGUGUCAUAUUAUACGCUAUGCUGGCUGGUUAUUUACCUUUUGAUGAUGAUCCUCAAAAUCCAGAUGGUGAUAACAUUGCAAGAUUAUAUCAAUAUAUCACAAAUACCCAUUUAACAUUCCCUGAAUAUGUUGAACCAAUGCCUAGAGACUUGUUAAGAAGAAUAUUAGUUUCAAAUCCAAGAAAAAGAUUAACUUUGAAAGAAGUAAGAGGCCAUCAAUGGUUAACACCUCAUGCUCCAUUCUUAUCUGUUACACCUGCAGAAUGGGAUAAAAAUUAUAAAACUAAUAAUGAACAUAAUGCAAAUAUUGUCAAGACUCAACGCAAUUUGGUUAAAAAUGAUAUUAGAAGAUAUUCAUUAAUUGAUACAACUUCAUCAUCUUUCCAAAAUCAUAAUGUUUCAAACCAUAACUUCUUUGCAAACCCAUUACCACCUCAAACUUCAUCAAAUCAUGCAAUUGCAUUACCUUCAUCAACUUCCUCAACUUCAAUCAAUGAACAAUUAAGAUUUAG